GUGCCACGAUAGUCGCAUCGACUCGAGUUGACGUGCGCGCGCGCGCGUGUUUCCAAAAUCUCUCUUUCUCUCUCUCUUUCUACCCUCUCUCUCCCUCUCUGUCUCCCCUCCCUCGAAACGGGCGAGCGAGAGAAAAACGGGCAGACAGGCAGAAGAAGGAAAGCGGGAGGAACGCAGACGCGAGUACCGCGAGUACAGUUUCGGAGUAGCGUACGGUUUUUCCGGGACGCUAUUUUUUUUUUCCGCUGGGACUACCAGCUUGCGUGUUGUUCAUCAAUCGAAACCAGCUUGAGAGAUCGUACUGUUUUAUCAACGCACGGACCGGACACCGGACUGAGGAGCCGGCCCUCGCCGCGAGAGCAACCCUCGGAACCCCACGAUGUGCUGUGUUUGUGUACAGUGCAGUGUCUUGUUGGUGCUAACUUAGUGAUAACACGAUAAUUAAACACGCCCACGAACCGAUCAGACGACGCGCGACGAUUUAUCGCGCGAUCCACCCAGGAUUGAUAACAGACCAGAAGUCGGGCCAGGAGUAAGAUCUUCUUCGUGAUCCACGCAGCGAUAGGAUUUACCUAUGAUUCCCCCGAGCGUUCUCAGGAGGACCACGCUUCCGCAGAAGAAGCGUAUCUGGCAUCGUUCCUAAUCCCCUUUCCGCUCCCCGUCCCAGUGUCCCUGACUUUCCUGUACGCUAGUUUACCGGUCCGGGAAACUCCUGGUGCACCUGCCGGCAGAGCAGAGGGCUCCUCUGCUCCGAAGGAGCUCGCGAGAGGACGAUUCUCAAUAUGGACAUGAGCAGCGAGUCUAGCGCGGCCAGGUGGUACGAGCCGCCUAGGUCCACGCUGGAACCACCCUCCGGGGGCGCCGGAGUGGCCGGAGUCGUCGGCAACCCGACCGAUUACAGGGGUUACUACCCCCACGCUGGACCCACGGCUCAUCACCCCGCCGCCGCCGCAGCGCACUACGCUCACACAAGGAUGUCGAGCAGCGGUGUGACGAGUGGGCCGGUAAGUCAGGUCUGUCGGCCGCACUUUCACAGCUCGGUGCUGCACCCGUGGCUGUCGGGCAGCGGGGCGGACACGUCGAAAACACCCUGGGGAUUCCCUACGAGCACAGGCUCGACCGGUGGCACGGUGAACGACGACAAACCGCAGAGUCCGUUAGGCUCUUUACCGCCGACCAGUGGAAGCCUGUCGAGUCACGGCGGUGCUGGAGCGGGCCACCAUUUGUUCUCCUUUCCACCGACACCUCCGAAGGACGCCACCCCCGACAGCAUCACCGCCAGCACAACCUCCAGCACGAACAACAACAACAGCAGCAGUGCGAACAAUAACAACAACAACGGUAGCAACCCUCUGUCCGGUCUGGGCGGAGGUGGGGCAAGCAGCGAGUACCAAGCGGCGGUGGCCCACGCGGCGGUCAUGGGCGCUUUCAUGCACCAUCAGGACGCUCUAGGCGGUUCGGGCGCGAGCUCGUGCGACGUGAAGCCAAGCGUGAUGCUGGGACACCACCACCACGGAGCACCGUCGCCGCCGCACCAGCAGCACAACGGGACGACGAACGGCGGGAACGGUGGGAACGGGACGAACGGCGGCGCCGGGGGCACCGGCCAGGUGAAGCAACGCGAAGAGGGUCGCGAGUGCGUGAACUGCGGCGCGACAUCGACGCCCCUUUGGAGACGGGACGGCACAGGGCACUACCUCUGCAACGCUUGCGGCCUCUACUACAAGAUGAACGGCCAGAAUCGACCGCUCAUCAAGCCGAAACGACGCCUGUCGCUGCAGAGUGCGGCGAGACGGGCGGGCACCAGCUGCGCCAACUGCAAAACCGCGACCACCACGCUCUGGCGGAGGAAUCAGGCCGGCGAGCCAGUUUGCAACGCGUGCGGCCUCUACUACAAGCUACACAACGUGAACCGGCCGCUCACGAUGAAGAAGGAGGGCAUUCAGACGAGGAACAGGAAGCUCUCGUCGAAGAGCAAGAAGAAGAAGGCCGGCGGCUGCCUAGGCCUCGGCGGCGUGAUGGGCGAUAUGAUCAAGGCCAGUGGUCAUCUCGAUCUCGAUAACAAGCCAUUCCACUCGGGCUUCGGUUCACCAAUGAGCACGUCGCAGCAUCACCACACGAUGCACCCGGCGAUGCAGCACUACAUGUACCACACGGGCGUCGGCGUGGCCGGAGGUCUUCAUCAAGGCUUCGCACCACCGGCGCCGCCCCCGAUCCACCCCCACUCGCAUUCGCAUUCCCAUUCCCACCACAUGACGAGUCUUCAGGGUCUCCAGUUGGCCGCCACGACGAAUGCGAUGACCGGUUGGCGAUCGGAGUACACAUGAAUCGCGAGUGAUCAGCAGCUCAGGACGCAGCCCACCACUCUUGUUCUAUCGUAAACUUAAAAGAAGUCGAACUCCUCUCUUUCUCUCCUAGCGACAAAGGGAGACGGUUUUCGAGAACAGGGAAGUAUACCCUGAGAACACACCAUUUCUUUUUUUCUUUCCCUUUUUCCUCUCUUUCUUUCUUACACAUAUACACAUACAGGUCUGCCCUUCUAGUUUCUAUUCUCUGUUUCUGUUCUCCUGUUGUUGCGGUCUCGCGUCGCUGUAAAUAUGUAAAGUUUCAUCGUAGGGCCAUCGAGCCCAGGCCCCAAGUACAAACGAAGUCAGCUAACUUGUAUCGAGUCUUAUUAUACGCGCCUGUACAUAUAGAUACACUUAUACGGUUAAAUGCAAGAGUUUAUAUUAUGUGCGUGUACGUGUGAAUGUGGGGAGGGUGAGGCACGUCGGUGCGCGCCCUCCGUCCCUGUUUCGACGCGGAGCCUUCGAGGACGAUUCUUUCUCACAGGGUGCUUUAUCAGCGAAUAAAUUAGGAACAUAAUCGGUUGACCGGUUAUUCGAAAACAAAGAAAGAAAAGGGUAUGAAACCCUCGCGAAUCGGAAUCGAUCUUCGGAGAGCAGUCGCGUUAGUCUUAAAUGUGAAUCGAGAGACAUCGUGCAAUUUUCAAAAUCUUUUAUCAAACCGCGCCGAUCUUUUCAGCCUCCCUUCGAGAUGGAUUCGUUCGUGUUUCCCCCCGUCGCGUUUAACGUAAAGUGAGGCGGGUAGCUCGCGUUUGCGUUGAACGGGACCAGGCGGGGGUGUUUAAUUUAUUCGAGGGUGGAGGGAGAGAAGACGUCGCGGCGUCGUGUGUCGUACCGGUUAGAGGAUAGCCAGCGGACAAGUAAAUGUAAAACCACGUAGCGUAAAUCCGUAAAUUAUAUCGAGUUUCCGGUGAAUCCAGAUCGGGUCGAUCGUCCUGUCGCGGGAGGAGGUCACGGGUGGAGGGACAGGGGAGAGGCGCGAGCUAAGGAGCAAGCCAGAAAUGCAGAACGGAGGAGGAUAAAGUGAAAACGAAACGAGAUAUUCGGCUACGGAGGAAGGCGUUGUAAAUUUUGUAUCUUCGAGAUUGUGUACCGUUAUCAUUGUAAUGAUAGUAUAUAAAUAUAUAAAUGAACAAAAUCUA